AUGGUUGCACCCAACCUGCAAGGGCUAAACAUCGUACACCCAGUGCAGAAUUUAGAUUCACAGGACCUCUUACCUGGACACCCUUACCCUGACCUCUCUGCUCAGUUGGACUUGUGGACCAACCUGCCGUUCGAUUCGGAGGAGAGCCCGGUUCUGUCGGGCAAUGAGUCUAAAUACGCUAAGAAGAUGGUAGGAGAGGAGGAGGAGGAGGAUAGGCUACGGGAUGGACCGAAGAGCGCCGCUAUCCAUGACGGUCACAUUAAUGUCGUGACCGGUACUACUGUCGCCAACAGCCAACAGCACCAGCAAGUUCCAGGACCUGCGUUUGACUUGAACUCAUUCUUAGCCGGGUUUAAUGUCGAUCCAUUCAGUGCUACCCAGCCUGUACAGAAUCCAAUCCCCCAUACAAACGCUAUCGCCCCUUCUCUUGCACAGCUGCUACUCUUCCACUCAGCUGCGAAUGGGGUCCAGUCUCCUCCCAAAGCGCCUACUGCAGCUAGCGAGAAGACCUCUGUGUCGACAGUAGACUCACCUGUAGAGAGCGCUCCGCUCUCUGCUUCCGAGGACAAGCGCCGCCGCAACACCGCUGCUAGUGCGCGGUUCCGUUUGAAGAAGAAAGAACGGGAGGCGGCAUUAGAGGGCAAAGCGAAAGAGCUUGAGGCGAGAGUCAAUGAAUUGGAGCGGGAAUGCGAAGGCUUGAGACGCGAAAACGGCUGGUUGAAGGGACUUGUCGUGGGCGUAACAGGCGCUGCCCAGGGGACAACGGUUGGAGGCGCACCAUCGACUGUCACUGGUAAGCGAUCCAGAGACGGAGCAUAG